AUGAUUAAUAUCACUACAAGUGAUUUUCUUCUCAUGGGGUUUUCGGCCAACCCUGAGCUAGAAAUCAUCUAUGCUUCUUUGAUCUUAGUUUUAUACUUACUGGCUUUAACUAGCAACAUCCUCAUCAUCACCACCACUUCCAUGGAUGAGAGCCUCAACUCCCCCAUGUACUUCUUCCUGAAGCAUCUCUCCUUUCUGGAUAUCUGCUAUAUUUCUGUGACUGUACCGAGAUUCAUUUACAACUCUUUCAUGCAUAACAGAAAUAUUUCCCUUUGGGAAUGCACUUUGCAAUGCUUUGCUUUCAUUCUCUGUGCAUCUACCGAGACUUUCUUGCUCACAGUGAUGUCCUAUGAUCGCUACGUGGCCAUCUGCUAUCCACUGCAUUAUGACAUCAUCAUGGAUGUCAGAACCUGUGUCCAUGGAAUCAUUGGCGUCUGGGUCAGUGGAGCCAUCUCUGGAGUCAUGCACGCAGCAGCGACUUUCUCCAUCCAUUUCUGUGGCCCUCGGAUCAUUCACCAAUUCUUCUGUGACAUCCCCCAGAUCAUGAAACUGUCCUGCUCUAAUGACUAUCUGGGUGAGGUUGGUGUGAUUGUCUUCACUGCUUUGCUGGCCUUUAUCUGUGUUAUCUUUAUUGGGUUCUCCUAUAUGCACAUAUUUUCUUCUGUGCUGAGGAUUACAUCAGCGGAGGGCAGAGCCAAGGCCUUUUCCACAUGCCUGCCCCACCUCAUUAUUGUCAUGUUAUACAUAUUCACUAGUGCGUUUGAGUUUUUGAAGCCUCAUUCUGAAUCUCCAACUGCUUUGGACAUUUUGCUCACUAUUUUUUAUACAGUUGUACCCCCAACAUUCAAUCCAAUGAUCUAUAGUCUAAGAAAUAAAACCAUAAAGUUAGCUCUAGGAAAGCUUUUUAAAAGAAAAAAAGGAGCCGUCUUCCCUAGACUCCACAAAACCAAAUCACAGGCUGAAGCUGAGUUCCGGAUCUUACACCUUCCCCACCUAUUUCAAAAGACGUCCCAUCUUUUCCUCAGAAGAGUGCUCCCCACCCACACCGUUGUGCGACUACCUGUGGAGCAGAGCCUCAGCCACUGGCCAGCAAUGUCCAUGCUCACAGUGAUGUCCUAUGACCGCUAUGUAGCCAUUUGCCUUCCACUGUAUUAUGACAUCAUGAUGGAUGUCAGAACCUGUGUCCAUGGAAUUGCUGGUGUCUGGGAGAAGCUGACUCUAGCCAAGUAA